GGGGCGAGUUAAUUUCUAAGAUGGCGGAAGAAAUGGAAGAGGACACAUGAUUUUGGGAAGUUGUUUUAGAAGUUUGGAACCUUGCUGAAACUUCGAAAAUAAUACUUUGGAUCGUAUAUUCUCAGGAAGUAGUUAUUUAGAUCAUUGGAAAUGCCAAAUAGUAGGCUAAAGAAGAGGCGUCUAAUGCCAAAUGCUACCGAGAAAAAGGUGAAAACAAAGCGAGUUCGGAGAGACAGUGAUCCGUGUGUUUCCAAAUCAGAUAGUCCUUCAAAUAAAUGUGAAGAAGAAGGAAGCGAAGAUGCUUGCACUACCCUUACUCUUAAAAGGUCAGUUUCUACACUAUCUCAUGACGAGACAAAAAUUGUUCAAUUAUUGAAAGUCAGCGCGUUUAAAUACACAAAAACGUGUUGCAAUAGCCUUGAAACCAUUUAAUGUCAGCUUGCAUCGAAAGAGACUUUAGUGCCCAAGAUUCCUGAACUUAUAUGUACAUGAACAUGCUGUGGUUGCAGUGGCAUACACCUCAGCAAUUCUGGGGCACAAAAUAAACAUUAAAAAAAAACCCAGUGCCUCUGGGUAUAUAGACUGGUCCUUGGCAGCACGUAAAAUUAUAUACAGCUGUUGAGUCUCUUGACCAUCCUUGCUUCCUUGUGGUCUUGGGUUCCUGGUAAAUAGUAUGAUAUCAUUUGACUUACACAUGAUAGGAUGUGAAAAACUGAGUUAAAUUUUGUCUCUGUUUCUUUACUUUACAGUGUAUUGUCUCUCUCAGGUGACUUGGAAAAUGCUUGUCUGCUUUUUCUUGCCAAAGGACAGGUACGCAUGUGGCUUGUUGUCUUUUCCAGUAUAGGGUUGUACAGAGUUCUUAAAACUCUGGCAGUAAGCAUGAGACUCACACCAACAAAUUCAAUAUUAUGCUCUCACACUGAGAUUAUUACAUCUCAUGCAUUUAAACUGUUGAUUUAACAUUCUACUGCUUUAGUUAGAUGCCUAAGUGUAAAAAUUGGUUAUCCUUCUAAAUUUAAUUCACUGCUGGUUCCAUUUUUACUGGCUUCAAACACUUUCGAACAGUGAUAAUUCAUGCUCAGAAUAAAGGGGUUCACAUCUUAGCUGCUUUAUUUUGUCACAAUUUUCCAAGGGAGCAUGACGCCCUCAGACCUCCUUCCCCCCUCCCCCCUCCCCCGUCCCCCCCCUCCCAGUAGGUGGUGCUCACAGCAUUUUACUCGUACCUAAUGAAUAAAAUCGAGAACUCUAGGUUGUACCCCUUUCAUUUUUUUAUUAUUUUUAUCUCGUUUCUUAUUGGCCCUUGUAUAUGUGUUAAUCCCUAAUGCAAAUUGUGCAUCAUUUUUGUAGAGAGUUUGCAUGAAAGGACUGGCCAAUGUCAAAGUAUUAAUUGGAGUUGUGAAUAUUCUUGGCUCAAAUAUUGGACCUGAACAUGAAGCAGUUCAAAUCUUUUCACCAAGUUCAUCAAGCCUUAUUUCAUUGUGUGAGUUUAGUGAUACCAAAAUCAAACUGGAGACAAAGAAAAGAACUUUGAGAGAAACUCUUCAAAAGCAGUCAUCAGACUUGAUCCAAAAAGCUGUAAAAAGGGCCAAGAAAGCUGCCACAGUUCUAUUAAUUUCAUCAUUACAAACUGUUGAGACCAGCUUUGUAUCCAGCUUUCAAUGCUAUGAGGGAAUCUUUAACCUGGAUCUUGACAAGGUAGAUGCUUUUGCUAUAACUUUGCAAAUAACACUGCAUAGUAACUAUGUUCUUGAUCAGUUUCUCUAUUCAUCAAAAAUUUGUGCUUCUAGGUUUGUUUGUUUCUAUUUGCCUUCAGUGUGAUAUGCUAAUCUAUAGCACCUGUCUGUCUUUGUCCAUACUCCUUUUUCAGUCUAAAUAUCUGUUUUUCAUCCACUUCUCUGUCCAUUCGCACAUUUUUUUGCUCAUUUACCUGCCCACUCAGUUUUACAUCACACCAUAACCCUUUCACCCACUAGAUCAUAGAGUGACUAGCAUCUAAUUUCUCUCUACAAUAUUGUUCCUGAAUCAAACACUAAGGUCUUAAGAAUGAAGGAAAAUUAAUGAUCACCAACCAAUGAAGCUUUUGAUUGUAAAAGAAAUUCUCCUUGUCAGCAACUUAAGAAAUCUGCAAAGAACAGUAUGGAGAAUAUCCAUACUGGUGUUAAGGCGUAAAGGUUAACACAUGGUGAUUUAAUUACAGAGUUAUUCGUUAAGCAGUACAGAACUGGCUUUGAAGAAAAGGACUGCUGCGCAAGGAUUCAUUCUUGUAAGGAAUACCUAAUAUACUUUUUUUCUCCUCCAUUUAUUCAUUGUCAAAUAUAAUGUAGUGUCAUGUUACAUUCAGAUCUUACUUAAAAUAAAGAAUAAAAUAAAUAAUAGUUUAUUAACAUUUCUGGCAGUUAAAAACUGAAUUAAAACAGUGCAAUUUAAAAAAUUAGAAACUAAUAAUUAAAUGUAUUUACAAUAAUAAGUAUCAUAAUAAUAAUUGCAAUCACAAGAACCGAAAAGUGUACAGGUCAUUUGCUCUCUUUGUCCUUUUUGUUGUUGUAGUGCCUUUAAUAUUUCCAGAUCUUAACUGAUAUGGGAUAGCUGUACUUGCAGUUACAAGUACAAGUUUAGUUAAGCUUUUACAAGUACAGUACAAGUUAUGUAUGAGUACAGUUAUGGAAUAGCUGUACUUGCAGCUAGCUGUACAUGCAUGUACAGCUGUAGGAGUGGAAGGUAAUGGUACUUAUCCUUCACAAUGAGAUUAUGCAUGUACAUGACUGUAUAUUUAAUAGGGUGAAGAUCCAAAAGUGACAGGGGUGCUUUGUCAGUGGGGUUGUUACACAAUAAUUUGGUUUUAUCAACUGAGUUGAUGAUUGACUGUGAAUAUCUUAUUAUGUAUGAAAAUCAUAGUAUGUGAACUGCAGAUUAAGAAAAGAACAUGAAUGUGAUCUUCGCAGUUAAAUUGAACACUAAUUGGGUUAAGCAUUUAUACAGGCCCAAGUGACCCAUGGGGCUGGCACUUAACUCCAGUUUCCUUAGCAUGAAGCGGCUAGGAGUAUUACUACUUCACCCUGGAUGGGAUGCUAGUCCAUCGCAGGGUUACCCCCAGCUUAUUUGCUGGUACCCAUUUGUACACCUGGGUGAAGAAAAACACGGUGAAAGUAAAGUGCCUUGCCUAAGAACACAACACAAUGACCCCAGCCAGGGCUCAGACCCGGACCACUCAAUCCGGAGUCAAGCGCACUAACCAUGAGGCCACCGUGCCCCCAACAACACUAAUUAGGCAGUGGUCCAAAUAAGGCCUGUUCUACUGCAUAAGUGGUGUUCAUUACAGCAAAGAUCACUUUCAUAUUCAUUUGAGUAGAUAAAUGUAACUUGAUAAAUGUAAAGCUGAGGUUUCUAGUGUUAGUCCUUCGUCACAGCAAAUGACAUAGGACCCAUGCAUGAAACAACAGCCAAAUUAUAUAAUGAGAUAACAUGCAGCCUGCAAUGUUUAUUGAACUGGUGAUGUACACAAUUUCCUACCACAAAACUGUUUUGUCACAAUCACAGACUGAUAGUUGGGAAACCAUUGGCUAGAUAUUACAUCAUAAAACACAGACCUUAUUGAUUAUUUUUUAACAUGUGCAAUAAAAGUAUAAUCUUUAAAUUGUGUUGUUUAGCUGAACCCAGAAUCAAGAUGUAACAUUCUCAUGAUUCCUAAAGAGUGGAAAGGUAUGGCCAGCUCACUGCAAAAUGCUGAUGAAGGUGUUCCAGGGGAAGGUAACCUGUUACAUGUAGGAUAUGUUCAAAUGGCGUGUUAACCAUUUAACUGUAAAGAUCUAAUUGUUAAUCCUCCCCUCAAGUUUCCCUAUAAAUUAGUUACAAGAAUUUGGUAUUUAAGAUUAAGAUAACAACUUCCACCUGAUAAGUUUGAGUAUCCUCAUUACCUGUGUGCUGGAUAAUGCAAGGAUAUAUACUGUAUAUAAAUAUUUGGAUAUAUCUUAAUAUGCAUAUAUAUAUUUAUUUCCCCUUUUCUUUCCAUUUUCUCUUGUUUCCCUAUUUCUUAACUGUACCUUCUUUUCCCCAACUUCCUAUAUUUCUUCUUGUUCUACAGGUGCCCUCUGUUUUUUUCCAUCCUCCUAUUUUUCAACAUCUCUCACUGUCCUGAACCUUCUUAUCAUUUCUCCUCACUCAGACCUAGUGGAUGAUUGGGAUCAAUGUCAGUAUUUGAGCAACAGCACACCUACCCCCUCCCCUAAACCAAUGUUAACCUUAAAACUUGUCAUCAGUUGACUGUUAUUGGAUUAGGGGAGGGGUAGGUGGUGGCUCAGAUACUGACAUUGAUUGGAUGAUUGUUUUGAAGUUUCUGCACGACCCAUUUGAAUACUGAUUUUGUUUUUAUUUCUAGUAAACACCCCAGUUGUUUUAAUAUGUGGUGGAAAAGAUGUGGGAAAGUCAACAUUUGCAAGAUAUCUAACAAACUUUCUUCUAAAUAGGUAUUGUACAUUUGAGUUACUUCUACUACAUAAGAUUUGCUUGCAUCUGUGAAUUACACCACUUCAAUCUUCCUUUCUUCAUAGUCACAAGGAAAUUUACUUCCUUGAGUGUGAUGUGGGGCAAACAGAAUUCACUCCACCUGGUUUGAUUUCACUUCAUAAAGUUGUUACUCCUCUAUUUGGUAAGUAAACAUCUAGCUGGCUUCCUUAAAUAAGACUUAGGAAAAGUUAAAACUUUGAACUUUGGACGAAAAUUUUGUGAAAUAUUUUUCAGCUGCAGUACUCAGUGCAGAAGACUCAAAAUAAUGUAGGCAAGAAUUUUCAUCCCAUUUUUAACCCUUUGACCCCGAGAGUGACUAGCAUCUAAUUUCUCCUUACAAUAUCAGCCCUGAAUCACACAUUAAGGUCAUGAGAAUAAAGGAAAUGAUCACCAAUUCAUGAAACUCUUGAUUGUUAAACAAAUUCUCCUGGUCAGAACCUUAAGAAAUGUAUGGAGAACAGUAUGGAGAUUAUACAGACUGAUGUUAGGAUGUAAGGGGUUAAUGCUGUGGGGUAGUUUGUGUAUAAGGAUUCUUCUUUAUUCCUUUAGGCUGUUUUGUGGAGCAACCACUGUUUUUGCACUGGUACAAUAUUUUGGCAGCCACUUUUCUCUGCUGUGAUUUUAAUCGAAGUUUUACCUUUCCUCUCUAUUGAGCCCCUAUAUGGUUUUGGAAAACCCAUUAACUUCCAAAAAUGAUUUUUAUUUUGCUUCUAUAAAUGCACUACCCAGCAAACAGAUAAUGGGGAAACUACAAGCCUAUCAGUUGCAAGCAUCGUCUGUAGCUAUAAAGAAAUUUUCACACAUGAUUUACUAGAGAACAUAAAUCUGCUUAAAGGAAGAAUUAUUUAUCAAAUCUUUUCUUUACAGGUCCUCCCUUCACUCAUCUCAGACAACCCGAGAGGUAGGUGGCGUUGGUAGUCUCAGGUUACAUUAGAGAAAUAGAGAAAAAAAAUUGAGAAAUUAAUAAGUACAUGAAUAAACUCGUUGUAUUUUGUCCUUCGCGACCACAUAGAUUGAGGUAAUACAGACAGCUCAAAAUGGUUUUUUUGGGGUGGGUUCUCUCUCCUAGCCCUUUGAAGAACACUAGGUUCCACUCUCGCGCGUACAGUUGUGAUCUGCGCACGAUUUACAUGCUCUAAAAUACUGCUAUGAAACUGUGUUUGUUAUCUUUAGGUCUGUGUUUUUCGGAGACAAUUCUUCUAAAGAUAGGCCAGAGUUGUACGUGCGCUGUAUUCACGAUGUGUACAAGACAUACGCUGACCACUACAGGGGCAAGAUUCCUCUGAUUGUUAACACACAGGGCUGGGUGAUAGGUAAGAACUGCUAAUAUGAAAGAGUCACCACAGUUUACAGAAUAAAUUGGAUCAAUCAAUGUUUUUCUCCUAACAUUUCACGGCAUAUAUGUUCGCCUUAUACUUUUCGUCCAUGUACCGUGUACGUUUUGUUCGAAUAACGGAUUCGGUUUUGUGUCUAUUUGUCCUGAGACAAAAGUGUUUCUUCCUGCUAAAGGUUCCCUGAGGAGAGAAAACCACUGGUAUUCCUUUUAUCUAGUAAACAAUGUACAUAGGAACGGAAGCCGUUGAGCCUCUAGUUUUUAAAAAUAUUUCAUACGAAAUUUCUCUUCCCAAAGCCUUCUCGUAAUCAUACGAAUUAGUUCUGAAAGUAAAUAUGCCUGUCAUGCGUUAUUGGCGUGUAUUCAGACGAGUCUUAAAGGUCAUUCAGUUACACGACAAUAAAAUUAAAUUAUUAUAUCUCUCAGUACGUGCGCUACGUUUACGACUGGUCAAUUUAGCGGGCCGUUUUUUCUGUAAGGCCUGCUAGAUUCAAAAGCUUGUUUCAUUUGAAAUCUCCCUCCUCUUUUUUAACAUAGAUAUAUAAAAAUAUCUUACUAACCUCGUUUUUUCAGUCUGUACUGUAAGUUACGGAACCUCGUAUUUUCCGCCCGAUUUAUGGCCCACUUGCUUCGUUCUAGGGCCAUACAUCUAAGCGGAGAAACUCGGUUCGUAACUUGCAGUACGAACCGUAAAUUCCGUUGGUAUUAGAGGUAUUCAGCAAAGAAAUGGGUAAGAAAUGGGAUAAUGGUAACUGAACACCUAGUAGGAACAAGGAUGGCUGAGAAUGGAAAUGGUGAACACGGGUUGAAAUUGAUGAACUUGAGAAACUUAGGUUAGAUGUUUGAAGACAAAUCAUGGCAUGAAUCGAAUUGCUGAUCAUGUACUUUUUUUUUUCUUUAAUUCAAGGGAUGGGAGUUAAUAUACUGCUAGACGUGAUUCGAAUGGUGAAACCUUCGCAUAUCAUCCAGUUAAAUUACACAUCAGAAGAAAGUGUCAACAAGAACUUGCCAGCUAUAACAGACGAAUUCUUAAUGAACACACCUGGAUGGGCGUUCGCAGAUGAUGCUGAUGAUGAAAUCGAAAGUGUCCAUAAGGAUCAGAGGUAAGUGCGGCACAUGGGAAAAUAGGAAUGAGACAAGCUAUCACAUCUCUCAAAACGAGGUCACCCAUAGCCUCACUCCCAUGAAAGAAGGCUUGGAAACCAAGUACAGACCGACAACUGUGUAAUGAACAGUUUUAUUUUUUCCUUUAGCCAUGGCGCUGUUAACUUCGACGUAUAUGAUUGCCCUCCAAUGGAAGGAGGCUUGCGACUCAGCUGCAACUGUUAAAUGGACAAUUUUCUUUCAAUUCUUUUUCAUCUAGCGACGGAACUGUGGACGUUGACGCGAAUGAGCGGAGAAGUUGUAGUGUGUCGUUCAAACCUGUUGUGUUGCAAAUAGAUAGUACGUCUGAAUCAAAAGGGCCGAAUCCAACAACGUAAGUUCCUGCAUUUACUGGUGUAGGGGAAGUGUAGGUGCAAAGUUGUUCAGAUACAGCUGGAUCAGUGUUAAUAUCUGAGCAAAUGCGUACCUACCCCUCCCCUAACCCGGCAUUUACCCUAACUUGUUAUCUGUUGUUGAGGUAGGGGAUGGUAGUUGCGUAGUUACUCAGUUACUGACAGUGAUCCGUCCGUAUCUACCACUUUCAGUUUUUACAGUGAGAAACAAACUGAAUGACUUCACUGUCGCUGUUUCUUUUUCUACGUACUGACUCAGUCAGGUCUCGAAACGAAACUUCUCAACCCGAAGUCCAGCCCACUAACUUUUAAGCCAACGCUUCUCCUACUGCACCGCUUAAAUGUACUCCGAUUGAAUGCAGAUUUGACUUUGUUUAGUCACCUGGAAUCCUACGUAUUGACAUGAACAUUCCUCGCCUUUCAGAUCAAAAUUCAGCCCUAGGGAUCAACGCAGUUUGGCAUUGUUGGCCUAUUUCAGUCGGACAAUAACGAACAACGCAAUAACCGAAGCUCGUGAAGUUCCGCCGGCUGUUAAUGUGGCAUCUUUGAUGUCGUGCAUCCCUUAUCAAGUUCCUUGGAACAUUUUGGCCAUACAUGUCAUUCAUUCAGAGGUAAUAAUGAAGAAGAGCAGAUAUUGAAUUAGUUGUGGUUUAAAAUUUACCACUUUCAUUGACAUCAAAACUGUGCAUAAGCGUCAUAUAUCGACAUUUCUACUAUCCUAGUAGUAUGCAGAAAGUUUUUUACCAUGGACCUAAUUAAACCGCCCAGCUUACCACGAGUCUCCUAUAGCACAGUGGCAGCUCAUCCGAAGUACUAAUUGGAAGGUCCAAGGUUCCAUUCCUAUUUAGUGGGAGCACUUGGAGUUCUUCUUCUCAGAGUAUACCUGUAUCAUUCACUGAAUAAUGUCAUCUCUCACUAGUCAUAGUUUGUUUUGAACUAAAUGGAUCUCAUUGUAUCGUUGGAUAAAUUAGGUUCUGAACUAGCUUACGAGACCAAAAUGCUGAUGAUUGCCCUGUGAGGCUUCCCAGCGUUAGCUAUCUUGAUACAUUAUUUUAAGGAGAAAUGUGAACCGAAAACUUCCUUUUCUCCUGUCCCAGCAGAUAUGGAAAAUUCCUUCUUAACUGACUUUUUACAAUUUCCAUGGUAUAGGUUCCUUGGAAUCAAAGUCUGUUCUCAAUAAAUGCGAGUGUUGUGGGACUGGCCAAGAUGAAAUCAGACGAGGUACGAUGCGUAAACAGUUUAAUCCGUACAUCCACACCGCAAAUAAUAAAAAUGAAAGCCGCCUAACUCCCAGACGUUGUUAUUACACAGCUCCUCUUCAGUAGUUUAAUUCAUUAUGACCAUUUUACAAACAACUGACGACGGCUUGAUUGGAGAAACAGCAGUCCGAUUAGAGUUGAAAGAUAUAAAAGUGUAAAGUUUAUGUAGGUUUCUCCCUAUUGCAAAUUCGCCCCCUAUCACGUUUACGAGUUCGCCCCCCAAAAGUGAUGCGAGUUCGCACCCUCCUUUGCCAGUUUGCCAACAAAUUUUUCAACUCGUUCCUUACGGUAUACAAAAAAUGUUACAUCUGUAAUUUGCCCAAGGUUAAGUGGCCUUGUUUAUAGGCACUCCUCGGAAAAAAACCCAUAUUGUAGGGAAAAAAUCUGAUGGCAAACUUUUUUCUUUUUUUUUUUCAGAUGCACCGCAUUGGGGAUGAUAAUAACACACCAUACUUCAUGGAAAAAAGUCCAGUUGCAGAAUGCAUUGGUCUUGGUAGGCAUAACCUCUUUUAACCCCCAGAAGUGACUAACAUGUAACAUCUCCCUAUAAUAUCAAGUCUAGUCUACGUGUAGCUGUACCCUCCUCCCGCUUAGGUUGAAACGGAGGCGAGGCAACGUCUACGCAAACCUGACACUAAUCAUGUUCCGUGACGUCACUCUUUUGAAAGAAAAUAUAUAAUGACUUUUUAUUGGUUAACCCCUUUUGUAGAUUCUUUCGUCAAUUCUGAUUGGCUAGAUUUGGUAAUUUAUUUUCAUACUAACGAACUGGUGAACAGAACGCUUUCAUGGUCAACUUUUCAGACAACAGCGAUCUACGACGAGGUUUUUAAGGCAAGUUUGCGCGACUUUUGGGAUAGAGACAUUUCAAGAAGAACAGCAGAAAGCCACAGAAAUGUUUUUCGAAGGUAACGAUGUCUCCGUUUCGUUACCAACUGGCUAUGGAAAAUCUUUAAUACAUCAAGCAGCGCCAGUGAUCGAUCGCCUGUCUUCUCUAGAUGAAAGUGGUCACUAUAUUUAUUGUGCCGCCCGUUAAAGCUCUCACAGAAGACCAGGUGCACUAUCUCAAUGUAUUUAGGCCAAGAGGAUUUUCCGCCUUCAACUUUCGAUCUCUUUGCGAACGGUGCUGCGAGGCUAUCAAAUUAAAGCUAGCUGUUUCUUUCGGCGAUUCUUUCGACAGAGAAAAGAGUCGCUCUUUCUUCACGCUUGUAGCGUAACUAUCUCUUAUAGAAAUCUGUUAAAACUUUGAGAUUCAGCGACAAAUAAUCGAUAUUUUUUCGACGACCGUGGUACUAUUUACAAAUGCAAGCAGAAACCGCGUGGAUGUUAAAAUCUUGUUUGGUCAGCGCGGUGCCAAUCGAACAUCGUCCUCUUCUUACUCUAUCCAAAAAUCGCUCAUAAUCUUUCCUUAUAUCUUUAAAGCAAAGGAUAUAUUUGAACUCGGACGCUGAAUUGCAAAUUUACCCAAAAAAUGGAAAAUGAAUUCACUUCAAUGUUUUUGUUUAUCUCGAUAACCCUUCGCUAACACGUGCCACUUCGUAUCAAUUGACAUUAUUUUGCAUAAAUUAGAGUGACGUCACGGAACACCAUUAGUGUCAGGUUUGCCGAGACGUUCCCUCGCUUCCGUUUCACCUGGAGGUUGGGGGGGUACGGCUACAUGUAGGCUAUAUCAAUACAUAGUACGGUAAAGAGUUUACGAGAAUACUGAAACGUAUUAGGUAAAAGCUGUUAUCCUGAACUAACACCAAAUUCUUAUAGCAAAUUUACAAGGAAAUAUGGAGAAGCAAGAGGAGAGAAUUAAGGAUGAGAUCUUGGAAGUUAAUUGGCUUUUCUGUAAAACUCUAUGCGAGGGUAACAUCACAGUGAAAAUGUCCUCUUGUGGAAAAUAGGAAAAAUUGAUACUUGGGGAUAUCAUGAUUUUCUUCAUAGGAAAGUUUGACUGAAUGUCGUUCUCCUUUUCACUCCCAAGAUGUGUUUAGCAAAUUUUCCUAUCUGUCUGCCAUACAAUUCUCAUCUCAUGGUGUUAGUUCGGAGAAUUUGGUAUUUUAUCAACUAAUAAUCCCCUUGUUGUUGUUUUUCUGUACUCUUAUCACUUGUCUGUUUGAUAUUGUAUUGAUAUUGUAAAGAAAAAUUCUUUCUUGGUCACUCUUGGCAGAUAAAGGGAGAAAAAAAAUUAUUCAUUCGACUAAUUUUUCAUUUUCGAUUUCUAUUUUUUCGUGUUAUUAAGAGAAACAAGAGCUAGACUACACAUUGUGCCAUUUUGUAUUUUGUGGUUUUUUCCGUUGGUCUGAUGUCUAAUUCCGUUAUAGGAAUCGUGAGGAAUAUUGAUCCUGCGCGGAAGUUCUUGUACGUGUUAACACCAUUACCAUUAGAUAGACUUCAACAAGUGAACGCUCUAUUGAAAGGAAACAUCGAAAUUCCCGCUGCAAUUAUGUUGUCGGUGAGUAAAGGCGAUAAUUUUUCUAGAGUUCUUUAUGGAUAAACAAAUGUCUCAUUUCCCCGCCUUUGUUUAAGCAAUGACUCUUCUGCUACGCUUAUUUUGUCGCUGGUAACUUGUCUUCACGAUAUACUGAGCGGUGGUUUGUAUCUUACUGCGCCUAUCUUUUUGUGCCGAUUACUUGCAAAGUCGCCCCAACAUUAGUCGCUCGUUUUAUUUUUUCCUUCUUUACAUUCACAUGACAUCAGCUUCUUUUUUUAUUUGCACUUUAGAAAUGGUAGUUUGUUACGUUAAAGUUUAUUGCGAGACCUAAUCGCUUUUUCAAAAUAUUUGCAAAAAGCAAGAUUAGUUUAGGGGAACUGCGUUUGCAAGGAAUUAAUUUGAUCCCAAACUUUGAGUUCAUCGCUUCAAUACCUCGAAAUAGAUUAUCAACGCCUGCCGUAGAAUUAAAGUUGCAAGUGCGGUUUCAAGAUCUCUUAUGCAGACGUUACUAAUUUUUAUUUUGGUUUUCCUUUAGACAAAGCAAGCAAAUGCUCCGUAUGUUUCCUCGGAAUUCUCAUUUGAUGUGCGAGGAGCUGGAUCCAGAAAAAUUCGGUACAAUUUGCUGAGGAAAAGUCUUACUCGAGCGAGAGAGCACCAGAUGGAUGACGAACGGAAAAACACAGUUAAAUAAAUUAUUUGUGAAUUGAAAAAUGGUCUUUGAUUAAUCUGCGGAUACAAUGCAAUUACCACAGGGGUGAAUACGGCCUCCUGUGCAGCGACGUCAAAAUUUUGGGUUUGAUUUGCAAUACUUGUGUGCUACAGGAAAAACUUUCUUUCGAAUUUUUAUAUAACGGCUUAUCCUGACCUGAAUAUAGUUAAAUCUCCUCUGGAGUCUGAUUUGAAAUGUACCUCUCCCAUCGCAGAAAAAAGGCUGUAACCCACGAUUUGACCUCGUUCCCAUGUUGGUGGCGUCUUGUCAUGGAAUAAAUCAAACGCAG